UUUGAAUUUGUAGAGUCAUAAAUCUAUAAUAAAAGGGAUGCCUCAUGCAUGUACAUGUAUUUCGUUUUUACUAGCUAUAUAAGGAGUAUUAAAUUUGAAUAAAUGGUGGCAUCGCAAUUAUAGACCGACUUAAAAUUCCCGAAACUUAAUUAGUCACGAGAAUCGAGGGAAAUUGCGAAACUUAAAAAUGAUUUAAAAGUACAAAAAAGCCCCGAAAUCCCAACCACACCAACCAAACCCUAAUCUCUCGAACCCGCCGAAACAGACCCUCCAAUUUUCCCUCGUCUCCUUCUCUGCGUCUCUUUUCCCUCCGGUUCCUUUUCCUACGGAUCUCCCUAUUCCUAUUCCUCUUCCUCUUCUCCUCCUCCUUCGUCUUCCUCCUUUUUUUCUGUAAUUUAUUCCUCAAAAACUAAUUUAUAACCAUUACUGUAUCCCUCCUGUAUCUCAAUAUUGGCCGUCCGGUCUGUGAUUGAUCCAGAUCUGAGACGAGGAUUCGUUUCCGUAGCCCCACGCGCGGAGAUCUGACGUAAGGAUCAUGGUGGUGAACGGCAGGCCGACCAAGCGGCUGGCCAAGAGGCGAGUCACUGCCGAUCUCAGUGAUUUCCUCACGUUCCCGAGCGCCGGCGAUCUAGAAUCGCCGGCGGCCGCCAGGCCGUUCAGGACCACCGUUAGGGCGUUCCUGACGAAGCACGCGCACCUUCCUCCCCCUUCGUCGCUCUUCCCCCACCUGCUCACCUGGCGGAUCCUCUUCCGCGUAGGCGACCUAGCCGUAGGCGACCUAGCCGUAGACGACGGCGGACCUGCCAUCGUCUUCCUAGACGUCGUGGAGGAGGAUGUUGCCAGAUCCAGAUCCGUUUAUUGCGACCAGUGUCGUGUCGUUGGAUGGAGUAGCAAUCCGGUCAGCGCUAAGCGGUAUCAUUUCAUAAUAAAAUCUGAUGGCAAUUCUAUCGCUGGCUAUAAUACGACGUGUGCUGGCUGUGGUGAUGCCCUUCAUAUGACUGAUUCCAGAUGCAAGUCAUGCAAUCAUGUAAUGACAACGGAAGAUGUCGAAGAUUGGAUGUAUCAGCAGCUAGACAACACGACACAUCUGUUGCAUGGUGUCGUUCAUGCAAAUGGCUACGGCCAUCUUCUUAGAGUAAAUGGUAGAGAAGGUGGAUCCAGGCUUCUUUCCGGACGACACAUAAUGAAUUUCUGGGAUAGGCUUUGCAGAAUGCUGGGUGUCAGAAAGGUCAGCGUGAUGGACGUGUCGAAGAAGAAUGGGCUGGAGUUCCGAUUGCUUCAUGCUGUGGUUAAAGGCCAUCCAUGGUAUGGAGAUUGGGGCUAUCAGUUUGGCGCGGGCAGUUUCUCGUUGAACCUGGAAGACUAUAAGAUGGCAAUCGAGAAUCUUUCCUCUUUGCCGUUGUCUUUGUUUCAAGCUCAAGGAAGGAAGCCUCGGACGCGCCUGCAGGAUUUAAUCUCAUUUUACCAGUCCAUAUCUGAACGGGAGCUUGUAAACAUCCGAGACCUGUUUUGUUUCCUGAUGGGUUUGAUUCACGAUCGCCACCAUCAGUUUGCUGUAAGAGCAGAUGAAUCUCCUUGCAAGAAACUUAGGACUAGUAAUUCGAGGGCUUUGUGUUCUUGGACUAUUGACGACGUAAGACGUGUAGAAGAAGCCAUGUUCAAAGUGUUGCGUGCUGUUAGUGGAUCCACCUGGGUGAGUUGGCGUGCUCUUAGAGGUGCUGUUUGCAGAGUAGGUUCUCCAGAGCUUUUGGAUUACUGCCUUAAAGAACUUAAGGGGAAACAGGCAGCUCCAGGCAUGGUCGUUGCUGCUAGAUGCAUUUCUGAUUCUGGUGCCAUGGAGUACAGACUUGAGCCAGGAAGCGCAUCCAUUCCAGCCAGUACACGUUUGAACAGUUUCCCGAUGGCAAACCACCCAUCUGAUGAACGACUUGUUUGGGAUCUUAAGUAUUUUUAUGAGUGUCUUCUCCAUCCUGAAGCGAUGGUACUUAACAUGCCUCUAGCUAAACGAGAUGUUGCAGUUAGCUCUGCCACAAAAAUUCUUGAUUGUAAGCAGUUCGUAAAGGACUACCUCCCAGGGCAUUUCCUGUCUGUCUCCAAGGAAAAUGCAGUGCAGGUACUGUGUGAGGUUGAUCUGAUGGAACAGCCCGAAGAAUAUAACCAUAAUCCUCCGCCUGAGUUACUUGUACUAUCACCAGAUGCCACAAUUGCUGACCUGAAGCUUGAAGCAAUGAGGGCCUUCCAAGAUGUGUAUUUGAUGCUGAGAAGGUUCCAAGCGGACGAGGUGGUUGGUUAUGGCGGUGUUGAUGAAUCCACUCAAAUCAGACUGUUGCUAGGGUCUAUGGAAUCUGUGCGCAUCCGGGGAAAGUUCCAUGGGAAAAACGGGCUGAGUAGGUUUAGAAUGGAAAGGGGUAUAGAGAGAUGGAUUGUGGAUUGCUUGUGUGGUGCAAAGGAUGAUGAUGGUGAGAGAAUGCUGGCGUGCGACGUGUGUGGGAUAUGGCAGCACACGAGAUGUUCGGGGAUCCCCGACUCGGAUGCUGUUCCGGUGAAGUUUUUCUGCUACAGAUGUAGACGCAGGAGCACCAACAAGGGAAAUGGGCAAUGCAGGGAUCAAGUGGUGGAUAAUGUUUUUGUUGAUGCCGCCGCGGGUAUGAGCUUUACAAACACUGGUGUCCUGUAAUCUGUAAAUAAAAUAUGCCUUUUUUUUUCUUUUUUUGGUUUUCCCAAGCAAGCAAGCAGGGUCUAGUGAGAUGUGUAUAUAUAUGAAGGGGGCCGUGAAAUGACUUUCCAGUGGCAUUAGUUUCAGAAAUAGAGUUUGUGUAUAUUUGCCUCGUCUCAA